AGGAUGAUCUUCGCAAUCCUUGUGUGUCUGGUGCCGGCCGCCCUCGGCAACAGCGCAGGACCACCGGGGUCAAGCAAUCCGAGCUUGUGCACCGACAUGAUACCGACCGGUCACAACGGUGGGGUUAGUAUGGCCACCGACCAAGACAAUCCUCCCUACGCUAUCGAUACCUCAUCUAGCGAGUACACUCCGAAUGGUUCAUUGACAGUAACAAUCCGUGGACUAGGCGGCAACCAGUUCAAAGGAUUUUUCAUUCAGGCUCGACGGGCCGAUCCAGCUCGAGACAACGAGGUUGCCGUGGGAACAUUCUCCAGUGCUCCUGCAACCACCCAGCUUCUCUUCUGCCACAAUGUAGCACAUGUAAGGAAUCCAGUGUAA